AUGAGAAUCCUGCUCUGUGGCCUCCUGCUGCUCAGCCUGAUCUCCAGCGCGGGCAGCAGCUGCCCCAGAGACUGCCUCACCUGCCGGGAGAAGCUCCGGCCAGCCCUGGACAGCUUCAACCUGGAGGCGUGCAUCCUCGAGUGUGAAGACAAGGCCUUCCCCGGCCCGCCGUGGACGCCCUGCACCAGGGCCAUGCCCGGGGGCUCCGGGCAGCUCGGCCCCGCCCCGCCCCAGCCCGGGGCCUCGGAGCUGCGGCACCUGAAGCGAAUGCCCCGUGUCAGGCGCCUGUUCGAGGCCCGGGGCGGCGGCGCGGAGCCCGGCUCCCAGGAGGACGGCGAGGGGGAGCAGAAGCAGCUGCAGAAGAGGUUCGGGGGCUUCACCGGGGCUCGGAAGUCCGCCCGGAAGCUGGCCAACCAGAAGCGGUUCAGUGAGUUUAUGAGGCAGUACCUGGUCCUGAGCCUGCAGUCCAGCCAGCGCCGGCGCACCCUGCACCAGAAUGGCAUCCGGGUGAUCCCCAAAAGAGCAUGUGUCCAGCCCCAAAGCUGCCGACUGGGCGUGAGGAUUCUUCCUCCCCUGAGGCACUGAGCGCCCGCAGCCCGUCUCCAGUGUUGUCACC